AUUUUUAAUAUAUAUUUCGGUCUUCGUGUAAAUUGGGCUCACGUGGAAUGCUGAUUGAUCAAAAUAAGGAUUAGACCGACAAAAUAAUAACUUUUUCUGUCCAAUAUGAGCUGAUAACUGAUGUUACACGCUAUCGAUUUUUAAAACGACAAAAAUUUCAAUUUUUGACCAUGGCUGAUGAUCUUAGAACCAGAAUGGAAGAUAAAGAAAAGACGGACACUGUUAUGAGGACUAUGGUUGUUUUUAGUCUGGCUAUGAUUACUUUACCAAUAUUUCUCUAUUUCGUCAGCAAAAGUUUUUUCUUUGAAGCGUUUCUUGGAAUGAGUUCAGAAAACAGUUACUUUUAUGCAGCAUUUGUUGCCAUAGGAACAGUACAUUUAAUUCUAGGACUGUUUGUUUACAGAGCAUUCACUGAAGAUUCUGAAGCUAGACGGACUCCUUUCAAACAAGACUAGAUCUUUUAUGAAAAUAAUAUUAUUAAGGCAAAUGUCAUUAAAAAAUCCUAGAUUAUCUUCCAUUAUUUUUAUAACAAGUGUGGCUGGAAGAUUAAGGGCCAUUUUUGUGUCAAAUUUGCUAUUAAAAUUUCCUGAAAGAAAAUAGCAUGAUAAAAAAAAAAUCUGAUUUGAAAAAAACAGGGCAGAGGAUAGUCUAGGAAUUUAUUGCCUGAAUGACUGUUUCAGUUGUAUUACGAUCCUUGUGAAUAUUUUAUUGAAGGAUAGAUGUAUAAUAUUACCAGGGGGUAUCAUGUUGUAUAUGCCAAAAUUUGGGUUUUGUUUAGGGAAAAAUCUGUUUAUUGUAACUAAAACAAAAAGAAUUUUCAAAUAGAAUAUGCAAUACAAAUUCUAAAUAAUACAAUGUACUUUUUCUUCAGAUUUAGUACAAAUAUUGACUAUUUAAUGAAUUAACUAUAUAUUAUAACUUUUUUAAAGUUCACAAUUUUUAUAUUUAUUCGUUUUAAGUUUGCAUUGGUUGGUUUAAAAACCGAAAGUAUCAUAAUGUAAAUAUGUGUACAAUGUGAUUCAUUUGGUGUAAAUUAUCAUGUACAUAAUGAACAUAUAUAUGCAUUUGUCAAACUAUCAUAUAUGUCAUUUUAUUAAAUUGAAUAAAAUGUUAAUUCAAUUUGUUGCUUUAAUUGAUUUUUUUAAUAUAUAUAUAUAAAUAAUGAAUUUGGAUAAGACUUUCUCUUUGGCAAUGACAUACUAGUUUUAUGAAAAUAUGAUUAUCUAAAUCAUUCAUUUUUAUAACCAUUUUAAAUAUAUAUAUAUAUGCAGCUAAGUUUUGGUGAUAUGGACAUAACUAUUGAAUGUGGAUGAAAUACUGUAAAUUCAGAAAGUAUCACAUUCUGACAUCCUAUACAUGUACCUGUAUGCAGAUUUUCCCUGAAAUUUUCCCAUAAUUUGUCUUUUUUUCUUCUACCAAAAUUUCUAUAGUAAAUGCAUCCCAAUAAAUUCUGAAUUUACAGUAUAUGGUUUACAUAUAUGCAUAUUAUUACAAAAUUUACAGUAUAUGCAUAUUUUUAGGGGCCAGCUGAAGGACACCUAUGGGUGCGGGAAUUCUCGCUACAUUGAAGACCCAUUGGUUGCCUUCGGCUGUUGUCUGCUCUAUGGUCGGGUGGUUGUCGCUUUGACAUAUUUACCAUUUCCUCUUCAAUUUUAUUUGAUUUAUAUAAUAAAAUUUUGAAGUGAAAACAUACUUGAAAUGUACCUGUAAGGCUUUCAAUUUUGAUUGUAAGAAAUAUCUGAUCACAUUAUUAACCUAGAACUUCCUCAAAAUAUGUUUUUCUCAAUAAAUGUGCAAUAUGCAUCAGUGCCAGAAUUUUUACUUGUUUUAGACAAUUUGAGACAGUGAUUUGAGUGAAUGGGCAAUAAUUUUUUCUGCAUCAAUUCAGAACAAACUGUUUUCAGGAUGACACCAAACAGUUUUCUAUAUUUAUGAUGAUAAGUACAUGUAAAAAAAAAUGGAUAUAGAGGGGUUUUAAAAUGUAUUAUGAUAUAAAGAGAGAAAUAAACAACACUCAUGAUAGACUAGAAUUUAUAAUAAUUGUUUUAACAAUUUAAAGAAUCUUGUCUUUUUUGUAAGAUAUAGUGUGUAGUAUGAGAGAGUUGAAAUACUGUGUAGAUUCUGUUAGUAUGCUAGUUGAAAUGUAGAGGAGAUAACAUAAUCAAGAAUGUCUGGAAAGGUUUAUGAUUUUGUGUAUAUAUCAACCAUUUUUAUAAAUACAUGUAUUUAUGGU